AUGGCGCAUGCUUUGGAGAGGCGUGGAUAUGUAAAAGCAGGGCCUUGGACUCCAGAGUGUACAGUGGAACACCCUGAAGCAGGUUUGUAAAACAGGAUGAUAUUAUUUAUCUUCUGCAUCAUGCUUGUGGAACUAUCUAUUUUCUCAUCAUUGCCGCAGUCACUGGGAAACAAUCAGGGAAAAGUCAGUAUUUUUGCUUAAGUCUAGAAAAAUCUCAUCUUUUGGCAAAACCAUGGCAGCAAAGAGUCUCUCUUUUUACUUUAAGGUUUUUGUUACAGGAAUACCGUAAAAUUCCGAAAAUUUCAAUGACCCGACCCCGGUUGUUUUAAAAACUUUGGAUAGUGCUAUCCAGGGGAUAAAAUUUAUCCAGUGGAUAGUGUUAUCCAAGGUUUGAACAACCGGGGCCUGCAGUAGAAUAUGAAGGAAUAAGGUCAGGGAAUUAAUGGCACGGUUUUUGUUACAGGUGUUAUUCCACCUGUUCACAGUGCAGGUCACUAUGGUACCGAUAAAUAAGGAGGACUGAAAGUGUCUCCUAGUCCUAAUCACUAUCUAAAAUGAGUUUUUCACGCAGGGAGGAACAUUUUAACUUAUUUUUACCAAUCAGUAAAACUGUGACCUGCACUCAUGACCUGGUGUGGAUGGUGGUUCAUAAACGAAACCUCAGGCAAGGCAAAAAAAUAAUGGUUUAAAAGGUUUUUUUCACUUCUUCAGUUCGACAGCUUCACCGAGAAUUUCUUCGGGCAGGGGCUGAUGUAAUUCAAGCAUUUACUUUCUCCAUGGAUGAUGACCUGGAAGGUGAACAUGCUAAAUAUGGGGUGAGUAGUUUUAGUAUUUGCUUUGAAAGCUAUUUAAGGUCCUUUCCACAUGUAUCCUGAUACUUUCGAAAAGGGAGAUUUUUUCUCCAUAAUAUUUUUCAGAAAAAUGCACAUCCACAAGUUGCAUUAUUAGAGUCCUUUUUGCCCAUCCACCUAUUAAACACACUAAAACAAAUGUAAAUAUGACAGUAUCCCUUACAAAGCAUGCGUAAUGCUAUUGGUAUAUGAUGACAUCAUCAUUUUUGGAACCCUCCAUUUUAGUCCAUCCACAGGCAAACUAGAAGCUGCUCUCUGAUGGAGACCAUUUUUGAAAAAGUAUGUUUUUGGUGCUUGAAAAAUGAUGUGUACAUGUGGACAGAAGGCUAAAAUGGAGGGAAAAAAUCCUGGUAUUUGUGGACAGAGCCUAAAAUAAAGGUGUAGAUGUCUCUCUUCCCCAGAAGUAUAAGGAGCAAGGAGAGCAGCACAUUAAUGUGGUCAUAAAACAAGCCACAUUAAAAUAUUCAGCCAGUUUUCUGAACUUUCUUUCAGGCCUCUAAGAUAAACCAGGCAGCAUGUGACCUGGCCAAGGGCGUGGCCCAGGAGGGAGGGGCACUUUUUGCUGGAUCAAUCUGUCAGACUGCUUCACUGUACUCAAGUGGAGCUGGUAAAAAGGCUGUGAUGGAGAAGUUCAGGCACCAGAUGGAAAUUUUUGUUGAAAAAGAUGUGGAUUUGAUCAUUGCUGAGGUGAGCCACUAUAUAGAAAUUAUUGUCUCAAAAAAUAAACUGGUCCAUGAAAAUGCUGUUACCUACUCUGGGCUAUGGGCUCUGGUGAUUUUUUUCUAUUCAUCCAGCCAGUAAUAAGCAGAGGUGUUGGAGUACAGACACAAUUCAGGCUUCUGAUUGAAGGUCAAAAAGCUCUUGCUCCAAAUCUCCAAUAUAGUGCUGUUACUUGGUUAAGUUUCAUGUAAUAGAAGGUCAAAACAGGGGUGAUCGGAUAAUUAUAAGAGAUAGAAGGUACAAACGCGCAUGAUCAGAUUGCAUUCUAAACAUUCCAUUUUUCUUAGGGGAAGGCCAAACGAACGCUGGCGACAUAGUUAUGUGCCAGACAUGCAGAGUAGCAACAUAGAGAUUAGCAUUGCAGACUCCUCUUGUUGCCCACAUACAAUUGAAAUAUUAAUCACUUUGCUGAAUUUAGGGUUGUCAAAAAGUUUUGAAAUAGAUGGCUGAUUUGUCAAAGUAAGCGGCCAGUCCAGGGAUAUUUUAUUUAAAAAAUGCCAUCCAUAAAGAAAUGCUAAGCAGAGUAGCUGGCCAAUUCUAACCAAGUAGGCGGCGAUUUUUGACGGCACCUAGCUACUUUUGACAACCCUGAUGUGCCCCUUAAUUUUUUUCUCCUGGCAAUCAGUUUUUCAGUAUAGUUGAGGAAGCUGAGUGGGCAGUAGAGGCAAUGAAGGCCAUAGGGAAACCAAUGGGCAUCACCAUGUGUAUAGGUCCUAAGGGGGAUAAGAAUAACGUACCUCCAGGAGACUGUGCUGUCAGACUGGCAAGAGCAGGUAUGAUGUUGUUGAGAUGUUUAUAAUAAAUCCUUGUAGAUCGCCAGUGUUGGGAAUUUUUUGGUGUAUCUUUAUGCCUAACUGGAAACAGGCUUACUGCAGCCACCAGUCAUUCCAGCUGUCACAAUAAUAGCCAUUUUACCAGUCAGAUUGGGUACCUACUUGACACAGCUCCCCCUGAACUUGAUUUAAGUCAGUCCUAUGUUUAGCCUGCGAAAACAUCCGUUUCUCCUCGCUUUUCGCCGCCGGGGACGUUUUGAAACGUCCCAUCGUCGAAGAGCGAGGAGAAACGGAUGUUUUCACAGGCUAUCCUAUGUUCUUCUAGCCUGCACAACAGACUAAACUCUGGUUAAGUCCCUCUGCGAAACAGCGCCAAAAGCCUUGUCCUGGGUCCUGCUUGAACAGCAUGACAAAAGUGGAGUACAAUGGUCUAUGGGUAUAUUGAAGUACUCAUCUUAGUAUGAAUAGUUUAUUAAAACUCUCUUGCAGUAAAAAGAACUGAAUUAUCGAUUACAUUUUACAAUCUUAAGGCAACUAUUAUCUAGAGUAUAGUAAUUUCCAGUUAUAACAAUGAAAAUAACAAUUGAAUCACUUAAAAAAUUCAAAUGUAAAGAAGUCCUCCACUCUCUUUGUCCUACAGACCUGCAAGAUAAUACUUUUGUGUUUUCUGCCUUAAGGUGUAGUUAGGCGCGUCCAGAAGUGGGCUGGGAAGUAGGUGGUGCAGAGGGUGGCUGGGGGACUUCAUUUUCGCCACAUAUUUGUAGCACAAGAGUACUCUUCUAUCAUCUAACCUAUCUAGUUUACCUAACUGUAAGGCAUGAGCAUAUGACUCUGCCUCGGGGUAGAUUAUGUUAAGCGCCCUUUUUUGCACUCGCUCUAUGGCUUCUGACAGGUAAGCAGGGAUGUUCUGCCAGACUGGUACAGCAUACUCUAAAACUGGCCGGACUGUGCUAAGGUAUAUCCUCAAGAUGUUGGGUGGCUCACCCUGGCUCCGCGGAGAACUCUAAGGGAGUAUAACUUCUUACAAGCUUUCUUAAUAAUGUAAUCAACAUGGCAGUUCCACUUCAGGUCAUUGUUCGUAAUAACUCCUAAGAUCUUAUAGGUAUUGACACGGUUGAUGACAUUGCCGCCAAUUAUUAUCGGGUUAAUGCCGACAAUUAUUAGAGUUGCGUAGGAAAUUAAUAUGCAUUUCUUUACACUUGGUUGGAUGAAGUCUCAUAUUAUGAGCAAUGGCAAAAUUGUGAAUGUCUGAGGCCAAUUGCGUACAAUAAAGUUCUUAAAGUACUUAUAACAUCUCUUUUAGGAGCUGAUAUUAUCGGAGUCAAUUGCCGCUUUGACCAUAACUUGAGCUUACAAACAAUAGGACUGAUGAAAGAGGCAUUAGAUAAAGAAGGGCUUACAGUUCACCUGAUGAUGCAACCAGUUGGUUAUCUAACACCAGAUGCAGGUCCUAUGGGACUUGCUGCCCUGCCAGAAGCCCCACUUGGUAAGAUUUAAAAAUGUGCUCUCUUAUUGGUUGAAAAGGCAUACUUUAUGAGAGUAUAAAACCCUGUGUUUUGAUACAGCUUAAAAGCUGUAUCAUCAUCUCCCAGUAGUUUGUUUUUAAAAUUAGUAAGUAAUGUGUGGGGAAUUUAAAUCAAAAGCCUUGACUGUGCUCUGUGCUGUUGUUCUUCGCAUGCCCUAAGCGUACGUGCCAACUCUCCCGGAUUAUCCAGGAGUCUCGUGGAUAAGGCACUGAUCUCCCACUCUCCUGUAUCGGUCACCCUGUCUCCCGGAUAAAAUCAUCUUUUGAGCUUUUCUGUGCCUUAGUUUGAGAUUUAGACCAUUUUUAGCUCAAAACUUGAAUUUUUCUUAUUCCGGCGCAGUACGGUUUCUGGGGCAUUUUUGCACGUAUUUAGUCACUGACAAAGAUCAUUUCUGGCAUCAAAACGAUGAUUGUGAUUUUGAUAGUAUAAUGUCCUAAGAGGCGGGGGGGGGGGGUCAGUUGAAAUUCCUGGGGGGGAGUGGAAAAAAGAGGGUAUCCAGAGGUUGGCAUCUCGGCCUAAGUAGGGUAGUACAAACUGCGAACAUAGAGAUCAGAUAAACCUUGUAUCAAGUCAGGUUAUUUGGUGUUUUGGAUGGGUGGUUCUCAUAGGAGGUGGUCACACUUGAAGGUUCGACUGUAUGACAAUUUUCCACUUUUCCUACUUUACCUAAGACGUAAAUUGAGAAGCAAUUUAUUCUUCAGUGUGACAAUAUUGCUUGUUUGCACGUGACGUCACGGCGGCCAUGUUGGUGGUCAAGAACAAAAGCAUUUCCCUCUUCUGGGUUUCAUGUAAAUCUUCGAGAAAAAAUUAUAUUGUAUUGACCCCCAACGUGGCCGCCUUGCCACGUGGUUGCAAACCACGAAUAUCGUUCGCGGAGUGAACAAUAGGGCCAUUUAUACGAGGAAAAAUAAGACGCGAACUUUCCGUAUAAACGGCACAUUUCGUCCAAAAUAAGACGCGACUUAGCCAAGACGCGUCUUAUUUUAGAACAGCCCUUAAUACCUGUUCUUAGAUAAGCAACAGUUUGUGACUCCCAGUCCCUUUUUAUUUUGAGUGAGUAAUAGCGAGUUUAAGCAAUGACGACGGCGACGGCAAUGAGAACGUCUUCAAAAAAACAAUGUUUCGUUAGCAAAACACAUAGUACGCAUGCGUUAAUUUUUGGCGGGGAAAUUAUCGCUUGCCCCGCGGUGGACAGGCAGGCCACUGACGGGGAAAAAUUGUUUGCAAAUUACAACGCGUUUUCGUUUCCUUGUCUAUUCUGCUUUAUUUUUUUCUUCGCUCAAAUACAAUGAGCACGCCGUUAAAGGUAAAAAGAAACACUAGGUCCAUCGCGGAGGAAAAAGAUUUUUUGUUAUUGUGUUAGGAGAAGGCGAUAACAGACCUCCUGGACAAAUGCGUGACAUCUGCUGGUGUAAUUAGACCCUUUUAACUUUAAGCUAUCACAAUUUAUAUUUACUAAUCAAAUUGCUAUCUUCGUAUUAUAAACUUACACUUUAAAAGUAAGUUUAAGCAUACAGAAGACUUAGAUAAGACAUGCUCGUAUAAAUGGUCCAGUUCGCGUCUUAAUUAAGACGCGUCUUAUUUUUCCUCGUAUAAAUGGCCCUAUUGGAAUUAACGUUAGCAGGGCUAACAAAAAACUCAAGUUAUACAAUGGGUAUGUAAACUGCAAAAUACAUCACUGUAGGGUAGGGGUGUUUGCCCACUAGCUAGUCUAAAUUUUAGGUCAGCAAAAUCGAGGUGAACGUGGUCCUGUGUUUAGCAACAGUUUGUGACUCCCAGUCCCUUUUUAUUUUGGGUGAGUAAUAGCGAGCUUAAGCAAUGGCGACGGCGAUGGCAGUGAGAACGUCUUCAAAAAACAAUGAAUUUCGUUAGCAAAACAGGAACUUUUCACGUGCAGCACGCUUUUUUGGUACAUUUUUUUGCCGUCACUGCACGACUACAACUUUUCACGCUUUAUGUAGGACGUAAACAAGCGACGACGAAAUUUUCUUUCUUUAACCGAACUUGAAUUUUGUUCUGAGGAAUUCAACUCCAAGUGAGUUCGCCCACAUCUGAGUAAGUAAGUGAGUUGGAUUAAUCGCGAAGAGGAUCGAAAGAGCGCGAAUUUCGCCGCUGUCGCCGCAGUCGCCAUCAUUCGAUCUUAAGAUCCCUAAUUUCACCUGUAAAGACAAGUGCUAGUUUAUUUACAACAAUUAUUAGAGUUGCGUAGGAAAUUAAUAUGCAUUUCUUUACACUUGGUUGGAUGAAGUCUCAUAUUAUGAGCAAUGGCAAAAUUGUGAAUGUCUGAGGCCAAUUGCGUACAAUAAAGUUCUUAAAGUAGUUGUAACAUCUCUUGUAGGAGCUGAUAUUAUUGGAGUCAAUUGCCGCUUUGACCAUAACUUGAGCUUACAAACAAUAGGACUGAUGAAAGAGGCAUUAGAUAAAGAAGGGCUUACAAUUCACCUGAUGAUGCAGCCAGUUGGUUACCUAACACCAGAUGCAGGUCCUAUGGGACUUGCUGCCCUCCCAGAAGCCCCACUAGGUAAGGUUUAUAAAUGGGCUCUCUUAUUGGUUGAAAAGGCAUGCUUUAUGAGAGUAUAAAACGCUGUGUUUUGAUACAGCUUAAAAGCUGUAUCAUCAUCUCCCAGUAGUUUGUUUUUAAAAUUAGUAAGUAAUGUGUGGGGAAUUUAAAUCAAAAGGCUUGACUGUGCUCUGUGCUGUUGUUCUUCGCAUGCCCUAAGCGUACGUGCCAACUCUCCCAGAUUAUCCGGGAGUCUCCCGGAUAAGGCACUGAUCUCCCACUCUCCCGUACCGGUCACCAUAUCUCCAGGAUAAAAUCAUCUUACGAGCUUUUCUGUGCCUUAGUUUGAGAUUUAGCCAACUUUUAGCUCAAAACUUGAAUUUUUCUUAUUCGCAGUACGGUUUCUGGGGCAUUUCUCUGGCAUCAAAACGAUGAUUGCGAAUUUAGAUAGUAUAAUGUCCUAAGUCAUUCCCAUUGGGGGCUUGGUCAAUUUGUCGGAGGUGGGGAGGGGGGGGUCCGUUUAAAUUCCAGGGGGGGAGUGGAAAAAGAGAGUCUCCAGAGGUUGGCAUCUCUGCCUAAGCAGGGUAGUACAAACUGCGAACAUAGAGAUCAGAUAAACCUUGUAUUAAGGGCAGGUUAUUUGGUGUUUGGAUGGGUGGUUCUCAUAGGAGGUGGUCACACUUGAAGGUUCGACUGUAUGACAGUUUUCCACUUUUCCUACUUUACCUAAGACGUAAAUUGAGAAGCAUUUUAUUCUUCAGUGUGACAGGAUUGCUUGUUUGCACGUGACGUCACGGCGGCCAUGUUGGUGGUCAAACAAAAGCAUUUUUUCUCUUCUGGGUUUCAUGUAAAUCUUCGAGAAAAAAAUAUGUUGUAUUGACCCCCAACGUGCCACGUGGUUGCAAACCACGAAUAUCGUUCGCGGAGUGAACAAUAGGGCCAUUUAUACGAGGAAAAAUAAGACGCGAACUUUCCGUAUAAACGGCACAUUUGGUCUAAAAUAAGACGCGACUUAGCUAAGACGCAUGUUAUUUUAGAACAGCCCUUAACACCUGUUCUUAGAUAAGACGCGGUUGUAGCUAAGACGAGAAAAACUUCGUAUAAAUGACCUUCGCGUCUUACACAAGACGCGGACGCAUAGUACGCAAGCGUUAGUUUUUGGCGGGAAAAUUAUCGCUUGUCCCGCGGUGGACUGGUAGGCCACUGGCGGGGAAAAAUUGUUUAAAUUACAACGCGUUUUCGUUUCCUUUUCUAUUCUGCUUUAUUUUUUUCUUCGCUCAAAUACAAUGAGCACGCCGUUAAAGGUAAAAAGAAACACUUGGUCCAUCGCGGAGGAAAAGAUUUGUUGUUAUUAUGUAAGGAGAAGGCGAUAACAGACCUCCUGGACAAAUGCGUGACAUCUGCUGGUGUAAGCAGACCCUUUUAUCUUUAAACUGUCACAAUUUAUAUUAACUAAUCAAAUUGCUAUCUUCGUAUUGUAAACUUACACUUUAAAAGUAAGUUUAAGUAUACAGAAGACUUAGAUAAGACAUGCUCGUAUAAAUGGUCCAGUUCGCGUCUUAUGUAAGACGCGUCUUAUUUUUCCUCGUAUAAAUGGCCCUAAUGGAAUUAACGUUAGCAGGGCUAACAAAAAACUCAAGUUAUACAAUGGGUAUGUAAACUGGAAAAUACAUCACUGUAGGGUAGGGGUGUUUGCCCACUAGCUAGUCUAAAUUUUAGGUUAGCAAAAUCCAGGUGAACAUGGUCCUGUGUUUAGCAACAGUUUGUGACUCCUAGUCCCUUUUUUAUUUUGGGUGAGUAAUAGCGAGCUUAAGCAAUGGCGACAGCGAUGGCAGUGAGAACGUCUUCAAAAAAACAAUGAGUUUCGUUAGCAAAACAAGAACUUUGCACGUGCAGCACGCUUUUUUGGUACAUUUUUCUGCCGUCACUGCACGACUACAGCGUUUAACGCUUUAUGUAGGACGUAAACAAGCGACGACGAAAUUUUCUUUCUUUAACCGAACGUGAAAUUGGUUCUUGAGAAUUCAACUCCAAGUUUAAGAAAGAAAGUGAGUUGGAUUAAUCGCGAAGAGGAUCGAAAGAGCGCGAAUUUCGCCGCUGUCGCCGCAGUCGCCAUCAUUCGAUCUUAAGAUCCCUAAUUUCACCUGUAAAGACAAGUGCUAGUUUAUUUACGUGAUUAUCACCAUUUCUUUUAGCUAUGGAACCUCGAAAGGUAACUCGCUGGGACGUGCAUAAGUACGCUCGACAGGCCUAUGAUUUAGGAGUCAGGUAUAUUGGCGGAUGUUGUGGAUAUGAACCAUACCACAUCCGGGCUAUCGCUGAAGAGGUUGGUAAGUUUUCCAGAUACUUUUACUAAGUAAGAGUGUAAACCUUGAAUACAGAUUAAUGUUUGCCAAAUAUUCGUUGGCUAACAAGAUAUCAGCCAAAAUGUGCGAUGGCUGAUACGGUUUGCCAAUCAAAACUGAGAUAUACCACACACCCUUCCUUCAAAGUUAAGUGGUUGGUCAGGCUCCCCACGGAUUAAAACUAGAAUUCCAUGUACAGUGUAACCCAUUUCAUCAAUAGAGAUUGUGCCAAAAACGUUGAAGGUCCCGUGAACAACAAUUCCCUUCUGGUUUGUAUACUGAUUAGUUUUUGUUGAUUGACAUAAAAUCAUGAUUGAUAACCCUAUGAUAUGCUACAACCAGCUACAAAAAUGUUAAGACACUGUCGGAAAAAUCGGCCUUUGUCACUUAAAAUUGCUGCCAGUCACUCAUCUCUCAUAUAUAACGUUUUCCCUUCCCUCCCCUUCAUUCAACGUUGUUCCUCCAAGUUUUGAGCAUGGUCUUGUAUUGCUAGCAACUUUGAAAAUGGGGGAGGGGGAAUCACAAACAAAAGUUUGGGACAGGCCAUGUAAGCCCAAAUAAGUUCCAGCCUCUCAAGUAUCUUUAAACUUUACUGGUCUUACUGUGCCCUGGUAGCAACUGUAAUCCUUGUUUUCGUUUCAGCUGGCACCUGAACGAGGCAGGUUACCCGCCGCUAGUGACAAGCACAGUCCCUGGGGAGGAGCACUCAAACAUCACGCGGUCGCUGAAAUCCGAGAAAGGUAAGACCCAUAAGGAACUGAGUAUCACCAGGGACUUACGUCGACCGGAAGUGAGGCUCUUUUCCCUUUAACCCUUUAAGUCCCAAUGGUGACCAACAUCAAUUUUCUCCUAACGAUUCCCAUAUAUUUUCAAGAGAUUAUGUUAUGAGAAUUAAUAAAAUGAUCACCAAAGAGAUAUGCCUUGAUCUUUUAUCAAAUUCUCUCAACACAUUCUUUAUAAAAAUGUAUAGAGAUCAGUUUAGAGAAAUUGUAUGUGGAUAUUUGGGCUUAAAGGGUUAACAUGCCUAAACGCUACCAAAAUUGUAUCCGCUAAGUGUCUUUACUCUUAUCUAGAUGAAUUACACGAAAAUUUGGUUAAAACCACUGCCCUAGAAUGAAAAACGUCCACUUCCGUUUGACGUUCGUCUAUAACCCGUACUCCGCAUUGCUUGGACGAUGUUUCCAUGUGAUGAACCAUCACCCGGUUAGCAGCGAUCUGCCGAGCGGGAUGCCGCUGGUUCAAACCCCGGCCAGGACAACUCUCAGGGUCUUUAAAUAACUAAUGCUACAUUAAAACAGGCAACAAAAAACGUGCAACCACCGCUUUACCGCCGCCGUUUGGACGUGUCUUGCAACAAAUGGGGUUUCAAGGUUUUAUUUACCUGGGUGGUAAAACGCGCAACAUGGCUAUUCAACUCAUUUUGCAACAAUGUUGCAAAGCAACUUGCACGUCGUUUGUUGCCCGUUUUACCGUAACUUAAGGAGAAAGUGCUACCUUUGUGAAGACAUCUGCAAACAUUUAGACUUUCUAAUCUUCUUGGAUAAGGUCGAAAAACCGUUUCCCCAUCUCAGAACCAUUGUUUUGUUAAGGAUCCCGUGUGCUUAUCAGUGGCGGAUCGAAACCUUCAGCUAGGAGGGGCGGGGGGAGGAGCGGUCAUCCAGACCCUGAGAUAAGGAGGCCCGGUCUCAAAAUUUUUUCGGCUCUUCGGGCUUCAGUUUGGUCCACAAAUAAGAGGGGGGACGGGGCCCCUCCCCUGGAUCCACCACUGGCUCUUCUGUGUAGGUGACGUUCUCGAGGCGACCGCAACCUCGUUCCCAGGGAACGAGGUUGAGACGGACGGCCUCCAAAACUCGCUCGAAUCACGUGACCCGAAACGCAUCGGCCGUGCGCAAUAAUGAGGCCUAGGAACUAGGCAAGUGGUCUAUCUCAAAUUCAGUUUCACAUUGGGGGGUAUUACUUUAUUAAUGCAAGCUGCGCCACAAGCAAAAGGUUGCUUACAAUUUACAAUUUGUAAUUUACAGUAUCGGGAACCUGAGCAAAUAAUAGAGAUCUUUUGAUUCGGGGAGGAGAACUACUACUGGAGAAUUGUUCGCAUAUUCUCAAAAAAUAGAAACCCCGGAAAGCUUCAAUGUACUUUUGAUUCACCAGAAAAGUCAAAAGCACUGUUAUCUUUAUUGAAGGAGGGUUAAGCCCUAUCCAAAUCGCAAAAUGAUGAACCUUCUAACAUUUGAUAACUUGUUUCCGCCACUACGACAUUUCCGCUAAAACCCGUGGAAGAACGACGACGGCUACCACGUUUUCCCGCCAAAAUGACGCUGAUUCACGCUCGCGAGCACUAUUUAGUGUGAGAAAAUCUCGUACUCAUAGUCGUCUUUGUCUUAAGGUCUUAAGAUCUGGAAUGAGACGAUUAGCACGAUCAAGUUGAGACCAGGCUUGUGAGAGAGGGAUAGAGAGUAGUCUUGAGUAAAAAUUGUGACCUUUUUUUGCUUAUUUACAGAGCUAAUCGAGCCUACUGGGAAAAUCUGAAACCGGCCAGUGGUCGUCCAUUUUGUCCACCGCUAAGCGGCUCGGGAAGAUUGGGGCUAUUACAGUGACGUCAAGAUCUUGUUUACUUGCUAAUUAUAUUUGAGGUUAGUUAAACAUGAAAUAAUUUUUAUUAGGUAAGUCAUGAAAAAAACUUUAGCCGUUAGAACUGUUUUUUAACCUUAAAAGUAUUUUUGUUAGUUGUGCACACUAAUUGCCCUAUCAAAAUUUCUUUUUAUUUAUCAAUUAUUAAGAGGAUAUGAUA